AUGGCCGAGACACCAACGCAGAAAAGCCUGCCUGGCUCACUCGUCUCCACGCAGACUCAAUUGGAGGCCUACGAUCCCAACACGCCCUUCACUUUCAUCAAUACUUUCAUCCUCCCGUCCUCCGACGUGGAGGAAGCCUUUCUCAAUCAAUGGGCCAAUGUCGCACGGUUCAUGAAGACGCAGCACGGCCUGAUCUCAGCCCAGCUCUACCGAGGCUGCCCUGAUAAAGAUAAUCGGAACAACAUCUUCACAAUGGUCGUAGUGUGGGAGUCGGUCCGCGCGUACAGGGAAAUGUUGCAGAAUCCCGAACUGCUCAAGGUGCACCAUGGCUUCCCUGAGGGGACGGAGGAGUUUUAUGUCAUGGCCACCAAGGUCGCCGUUCCUGGUGUUUGCACAGCCUGA